GCAGGAAGGACCGUUAGGCGCCAGCUGUUUGGCAGCCGAGCGCGGAGGAAGAGGCUGCCGGGACGCAGGGCCGGGGAGCGGCCCGAGGCCCCAGCGCUGCCGCCGCCAUGCCCCCGCCCGCGCCGCCCGCCGCGCCGCCGCCCGGCCCGCUGAGCCUGCACCGGCCCUUCCUGCGCAGCCCGCUGGCCCCGCUGCGCCUGGGGCAGCUGCUCCUGGGCGCCGCCUGCUGGGGGACGGUGGCGGCCCACAAGUACGAGGGGGCGGCGCACUUCGCGCUCUUCGCCGCCGUGCUGGCCUGGCUGCUGGCGCUGGCGGUCACCGGGCUCAGCCUGCUGGGGCGCUGGGCGCUGCUGCCGCUGCUGGGCGCCCGCUGGCUGCUGGCCAACGCGGCGCAGGACCUGCUGCUGGGCGCCGGGCUGUACGCGGCGGCCGCGGGCGUCAUGGGCCACAAGGCGGAGCGCCACAGCUACUGCAACCUGCCCGGCUACAGCCAGCCCUGCCUCUACCGCGCCUACCUGGCCGCCGCCGCCUGCGCCGCCCUGGCCGCCGCCCUGCACCUGCUCUCGGGCCUCUACUGCCUGGCGCGCCGCUGCCGGGGCCACCGCGACAUCGUCUGAGCGCCGCCCGGGGCCCGGCGGGGACGGAGCCCCCCACGCAGACGGACGGGUCCUCUCUGCCCCUGCCGGAGACCGAGCGGCCUGCCCCGCGGCGGGGACUGAGCGCCCCCGGACGGACGGACAGAGCCCCCCCUGCUCCCCGCCAGGGACCGAGCGCCCCCGGACAGACGGACAGACAGAGCCCUCUGCCCGCUGCUGGGAACCGAGCGUCCCCGGACAGAGUCCCCUGCCCCCCGCCAGGGACCAAGUGCCCCCGGACAGACAGAGCCCUCUGCCCCCCGCCAGGGACUGAACGCCCCCAGACAGACAGACGGAUGGACGGAGCCCCCUGCCGGGGACUGAACGCCCCCAGACAGACAGACGGAUGGACGGAGCCCCCUGCCAGGGGCCGAGUGCCCCCUGACAGACAGACAGACAGAGCCCUCUGCCCCCCCGCCAGGGACCGAGUGCCCCCAGACAGACGGACAGACAGAGCCUCCCCUGCCCCCCGCCAGGGACCAAGUGCCCCCGGACAGACGGAGCCCCCUGCCAGGGACCGAGUGCCCCCGGACAGACAGACAGACAGAGCCCUCUGCCCCCCGCCAGGGACCGAGUGCCCCCAGACAGACAGACGGAUGGACGGAGCCCCCCCCGCCAGAGACUGAGCACCCCCGGACAGACAGAUAGACAGCCCCCUGCCCCCCGCCAGAGACUGAGUGACCCCAGACAGACAGGCGGAUGGACAGACCUCCCCCCGCCUGACAGCUCCCCUAGCCAGUCAGGGACCUGCAAUCCCUAGACAAAGGCCCCCCUUCCCUCCCCGGAGGACGGACGGACGGACGGACAGACACAGGCUAUCCUCAGCCAAAGAACCCAAGCCCUGAUCGCCCGAAGGUGGGGCUGCCAGCCCUCGGGCUCCCCCCUUCUGGCUCUUACAGGUGGGUGCUGGCUCUGGGUCUCUGCUCACUUGCUCCCCGGGGGCGGCUGGGCUGUGGGGCUGGGACAGGAGGGAGCAGGCCCCCAUGGCUGUCAUGGGAGGGGAGGGGAGAGUUCUGGGCCAGGGCCAGGGACAGCUCUGGCAUCCCAGGAACCACUCCUAGCACCCAUUGCCCAGCCAGGAUGAGCAUCCCAGCAUCAGCCCCUCCCCAGGCCAGAAACGCCCAGGGAGAAGCCCUGAUCUAUGAGAACCGACUGCCCAGAGAUCCCCUGUUCUGUGUGGGGGGGACCUCUCUCAGGGGCUGGGCCCUCACACUCCCCUGCCCCCACAUGCAGCCCCUGCUCCUGCCCCAUCUGUUCAGGGACAGAACUAUCCCCCUAGCCCCAGAUGCGGUCCCCACCUAGGCUGGGCGGAUGGCAUGUGGCGGGAAGGGGAGUCCAGUGCCAGCCCAGAGCCACCACCCCUCCCUCGGCCCUGCCCAGGAGUGGGGCCCCAGCAGGGCAAUGCCAUUGCUCACUGCUGCUGCCCAUUCCCAGCCCUGACUCAUGGGUGGGGGAGGAGGGAGCUGGGGCUGAGCCACGCAAGAUGUUCCAGGCCUGGGUAUGUCAGGGCAGCCUGGGAGCCCUCCUCAGUUCAGCCUCCUGCUCAUGGGUGUGUCUCUCCGUAGUGCCGCCUUCUUUGCAGGGGGCACGCAGCCCCUGACAAGCUGUAGACAGGGAUCGCCGCUCCUGCCAGGGAAAUGCAGCUACCUCUGGGGUGGCGCGCAGCAGUCGUUUAAUCGCUGUGCAGCUGGUGAGGACAGGAAGUGAAAGACACUGUGCCCAAUUGAAGUUGCAGGGUGGGACGGAUUUGAGGUUGGUGGAAUUUAGCCCAAUAAGGAAAUUCAAGGGAAGGACAGGCAGGUUUCAUAACCAAGCACAGACCUCUCCAAGACGGCUCCACUUUGGAAGAUCCCCUGCACAGGGUUCCGCCAGCAGGGCAAGCCUGGCCUGUGCUGCUUGGGGCACAAGGGAAGUGUUGGCCUCCCUGCUCCGCGGGCUGAUUCCACAAGUGGUGACUCAGGGCCGCGCCCCCGGUCCCUGGGCAGCGGCUGUGCCAAAGCCGUUCUGGGCAGCGCAGAGGAGCCCCAGUGCCUUCGAUUUUUUACAGACUUCCACCCUAGUGCCAUCGAUCCCUGCGCUGUUCUUGCCCCCGGAGCUGGGCAGGCGUGACUUGCUGUGAAGGAGGCACAGAAGGACACUGGAGAUGCAGCGGCUGGGGGCUGUGCCCUGUUUCAGGAAAGUGCCUUUCACCCCAGCGACCUCCAGAGCUCUGCGCAAAGGCAGAGGGAGCCAGAGGGUGGAUCAGCCUGGCCUGGGGCCCUCCACCCGAAAGCUGACAGCUUGGGGAACUUGACCGGCUCCAGCACAUCCUGGGAAAGCCCCAGCUCUGGCUCCUCUCCUGACCCCUCCUCCAGCCAGGAGGCCCCGGGGAUGGACUGGCUGCGAGGGCUGGAACGGGGCUGCCAGCCAGGCCUGGAGGAAAGCUCCACUUUGGAUGGAAUUGUGCUGGGAAAUUCAUCUUUGGAGAUUGCGCUGAGCCCAGCCCCAGGCUGCUCGGCACCCUCCAGGCCCUCUGGGAAAGGCCAGUGGCUGCAGGCUCCUGGACACCGAAGAAGCAGUGGCAGAAGCUGAGGGCAGAUGACGCGGUGGAGCUGAGGGAGGGAGCCGAACCCAGAGUUUGCUGAGGAGCCUGCUCCGUGGCUCCCGUACACAGGGCCUGGUGCUGGGACCUCCGGAGGCUGCCCUGGGCUGGAGGGAGCAGGCGAGGAGCCCAGGAGGGACUGGAGAGCCGCAGCCUCUGCUCAUGGAGAGCCCAGCAGCCCCAUGCUGCUGUGGGAGAGGACAUGGACUGGGCAGAUGUGUCCCUGCCCUGUACAGCCAGGCUUGCUCCCCAUGUGCAGCGGACGGGCCCAGAGCUGCCUGGUGCCCGCCUGCCUCGUGCUCAGGCUGUGCCAUGUUGCUCACGAAUGGCCAAGCCCCAGCGCACUGGAGAGCCACGGGCCUCCACCUACUAGUGUCUUGCUGCCCUGUCUUUUCCCUGGGCAUGUCCUGCACAGUGCCCUUGCCUCCCAGCUGUGCCCCCAUCCCUCCCUUGGGGAGAUCCCACCUGUCAGCACAGGACGUGCCACAGGCACCAGCCAGGCAGUCCUCCCCGGUGCCUGCGGAUCUUUCCCAUCUUCCCUGCCACUUGCAGCUCUGCGCAUGGCCCCGGGGCCUGCUCUGCAUGGCUGGGGCAGGAGCUGGCCCCGCUGUGUGACAGGGAGGGGCUCUGUCCCUGGCGUGUUUCCCAGGCCCCUGCCUGUUUGACUCGUGGGCCCAGCUGCACCCAGAUCUCUGUUGUUUGCUGUGGAUUCACCUCCCUAAAUAAAGGGUUGCUGGUACGA